GACUCGUUCACUACCGGGGCGGGGCGGCCUCCUACACAUGCGCAAGGUUGGGCGGGCCUUCUUCCUUCUCGCCGAACGCCGCCAACAUGGUGUUCAGGCGCUUCGUAGAGGUUGGCCGGGUGGCCUACGUCUCCUUUGGGCCUCAUGCCGGGAAGCUGGUCGCGAUUGUAGAUGUUAUUGACCAGAACAGGGCUUUGGUGGAUGGACCUUGCACUCAAGUAAGGAGACAAGCUAUGCCUUUCAAAUGCAUGCAGCUCACUGACUUCAUCCUCAAGUUCCCGCACAGUGCCCGCCAGAAGUAUGUCCGGAAAGCCUGGGAGAAGGCAGAUAUCAAUGCAAAGUGGGCAGCCACAAGGUGGGCCAAAAAGAUUGAAGCCAGAGAAAAGAAAGCCAAGAUGACAGAUUUUGAUCGUUACAAAGUCAUGAAGGCAAGGAAAAUGAGGAACAGACUAAUCAAAAUUGAAGUUAAGAAACUUCAAAAGGCAGCUCUCCUAAAAGCCUCUCCCAAGAAAGCCCUUGCUGCUAAGGGGGCAGCUGCAGCAGCUGCUGCCGCUGCCAAGGUUCCAGCGAAAAAGAUCACCACCGGGGGUAAGAAGGCUCCAGCCCAGAAGGUUCCUGCCCAGAAGGCCGCACCCCCUGCUAAAUCUCAGAAGGGUCAGAAAGCUCCAUCCCAGAAAGCACCUGCUCCAAAGGCAUCUGGCAAGAAAGCAUGAGUCUGUAAGAGGCUAUUCAAAUCAGAAUAAAGGUUCUUUUUGACGUGCUGGCAAAUUA